UUUAAAAGGCGGACAACUCUGGUGUCACGCCGUUACAUUUCCGUCAAGCUAAGCACAUAUGAAGCAAAUGUGUUCAGGUUUAUUAUUAUUUUUUAUUUAUUUAAUUGUUUAAGGUUGUUUGUUGAAUUGUCUUGAUGGACUGUGUGGAGCAGAGUAACGCAGACGCAGAAGCGCCCUCUGUUAUCGACCGAUAUUUCACAAGGUGGUACAGAGCAGAUAUGAAGGGCAAAUCGUGUGAGGAUCAUUGCAUCUUACAACAUUCAAACAGGUUGUGCGUUGUGACCUUGGCAGAAACUCAUCCGAUACUUCAGGAUGGACGCGCAAUCAAAAGCAUCAAUUACCAGAUCAGUAAUGGCUGCAGUCGCUUGAAUAAUAAAGUGUCCGGGAAGUCCAAACGGGGGGCGCAGUUCCUUACAGAUUUUGCACCUUUGUGCAGGAUAAUGUGCUCAGAUGACACGGAGUACACAAUCUACAGUUGCAUAAGGGGGCGUCUUCUGGAGGUCAAUGAGAACAUUUUAGAAACUCCAAAUCUCUUGCUAGAAAAGCCGUCUACUGAAGGAUAUAUUGCCGUCAUCCUUCCAAAGUUUGAGGAAAGUAAGAGCAUAACUGAAAACCUCCUGACAAGAGAAGAGUUUGAGGCUGUCGUUUCCAAACGCAGUUCGCCACAACCCCCCUGACGGAUCGUUGAAGACUAACCUGAUCCGAGAGAGUUUCUCUGGUUUUCUCCUCUCACCGGUUCAAGACAAAGACUGAGAAAGUUGACUGACUGACUCUCCCGUAAGACACUUUUAUGCAACAGAAGCAAAGUGCCUUCAGUUUAUCAUGUUGACCAAUUUGUUUUUAUGUUGUUUGAGUAAUAUGAGGGAAAGCAACAAAGUCUUUUGUGAAAUGCUGCAGAUAAUUUGCAGGUGUUUUUUUUUUUUUUUGUUGUUCUACAUAAAAAUCAAACAAAUGUAUGAAAAAUAUUUUUUAUUUAUUUUCUCACCCUUUUAUCAGCCUUUCAACAACAGCAAAAAAUAGAUGGUCCAAAACUAGAUUUGUUUUUUUUGUUUUUUUAAUCUGUGGUGGCAUCAUAAUGUCCAGAAUAUCUAGUUGCUCUCAAAAGAUACAUAAUUUCCCUAAAGCCUACUAUAUAUUGCAGAUUUGAGUCAUUGUGUCCUGUUCUCACAGUACCAAAGUGAUUUUUACCUUCAGAUCCACAUCGACUGCUUUGAGUACCACACUAUAUAUUUAAACAUCUCAUAAACUAUAAUACAUAUUGGCCUGUUUGGCAGCUUCAAACUGAUAGUCUUCAUAACAAGUACACUUGAAGGUUCUGUUCGGUGCCCGUUCACAACUCUCAAAUCCGACGGAUGAUUUGGUUUCGCUUAACAUGCUUUAAAAUAAAAUCCUGACUCCUCAGCAGCAGAAAUGACCAACUCUAGCUUUUUCUCGUCACUCAAAGGAAAGAAUAUCUCUGCUAAUGUUUUUCAAUCGUUCGGCAUGACUCCUAUUUUUCUAUCAACAUGUCACAUGGGGAAUGUUCUAUAGUAAAUGCUAUGGCACAUA